AUGUCUGAAUUCAACGAACGUAACUGUGGCCCGGAAGGGCUACCUUUAUCUGUCAGACGGUAUACCUAUCGAAGAGAAGACUUUACCCAAAUCAUUGAUCUUGAGCGUGAGCGCCUUUACCGUUCAAUGAAUUCUAUUAAAACUACGUCCAAUGCAAUACGCAAUGGUGGAAAUUUAUAUGCUUCAGAGGAGCCUGAAGAUAUGACUGAAUAUAUCAUUUUCUCCAUUGAUCCGGCUACGCACGCUCGUGACUUCCUAGAUCCGGAUAUCGAACCAAUUCGUGGUAUCUGCACUACAUUCGAUCAAACCACUAAUUCAAUGGUCGUUAAAAUGCUACUUCCCGAACACGCACAGCUGUCUUUUGAUAUCAGUAUGGCUAUUAGGGAAGCGUUAGGUCCGAUGGGGCUAAACAAAUCAAUCUUCGACUACGGGCACACUACGCUUCCUAUAGCCAACGGCUUUAAGGAACCAGAUGCGUCGUGGCUCCCAAGAAGGCCACCACGUGGAGGCCCGCGAAGACCAACCGUGGUACUUGAAAUAUCAAUCAGUGAGACGCACGCCAAGUUAGUUCGUGAUGCUAGCCAGUGGCUCGACCCAAUCCAUGGUCUCGCGAAGGUCGUACUAGCUAUAAAAGUAGACCGACGGCAGCCUAAGGUUACUAUCCAAAGAUGGCAGUAUGAUAGUGCCAGGGCAGCGAUCAAAAAUGUCCAAACCAUCGAGAUCAUCGGAAGCAGUAAAGGGGACGAAGUCACAAUGACCGGUGGUCCACUCAUCAUUCCCUUUCACCUUUUUUUCCUCAGACCCGCUGAACAUCAUAGGAGGGAGGGCGAUAUACUCAUUGAUGAGCAGGAGCUCAAGGAGAUCGCUCAGUUCAUCUGGGAAAUUCAGUUCUCGGAUUGA